UUAAGAAAAGGAGGAUUACUUUAAGAAAUCAACAAAAACUUUGAAAGAGCACAGGGAGUCACAUUAGUACCAAGAAAUGGAAGCCCACUCUUUCGUUUUUCUUUCAAAAACCUCUGCAUUUCUUUGAUCUCUUCAAUUUUCUAGUCACCAUUAUCAUUCUUUUGAUCCAUCUAUAGCUGACUCACUCCAACAUUUACAUUUAUUCUUUGAAAUCUUUGACACACUUUCUCUCUCUCUCUGAGUAGAAAAAGAACAUAAAAGAAAGAUAAAAAUGAUUCAGCUUUUGUUUACAGGGAUUUUCUCAGAGAUGGCAUUGAUAUUGAUUCUUGUUUUCAAGACUCCUUUCAGGAAGUUGGUUUUGAUGGGUUUGGAUCGGGUAAAGAGAGGUAGCGGUCCAAUCAUUGUAAAGACUGUGGCAGGAACGAUUCUUGUGGUGUUGAUAUCAAGUGUUUAUAGUAUGAUGAAGAUCCAGAAACGUGGGAUCGAUGAGGGUUUUGUCAAUCCAACUGACCAGGUUCUCAUGGCUAAGCAUCUUCUUGAGGCUACUCUUAUGGGAGCCAUGCUUUUCCUUGCACUAAUGAUAGACAGACUACACCAUUAUAUUAGAGAACUUCGUAUGCGGAGGAAGAGCAUGGAGGCUGUGAAGAAACAAAGUCGAGUUGCUGAGGAUGGAAAAGCUGAGGAGAACAAAGCCCUGGGAGAAGAAAUGACCACACUGCGAGCAAGACUUAAGCAACUAGAAUCUGAACUGGAAGUGAAGACAAAAGAGGCACAUGCUUCAGAAACCAAUGCAGUUGCUCUGAGGAAGCAAUCUGAGGGAUUUCUUCUCGAGUAUGAUCGCUUGCUUGAGGAAAACCAAAACCUACGGAACCAAUUGCAAUCUUUGGACUUGAGAUUAUCGCGUUCAGGUAGCAAGAAGAAUACUUAGAGAACCAAAUAUCAAUCAAGCACCCUCAUUAAAUAGUUCUUUCCAAGUUCCUUUUUGUUUCAUACUAUUUAUUUUGACUGUGUCAAAGUGGGUUUUGAUGAUUAUGGUUUAUUCUGAUGUAUGCAUUGCUGUAAGUGUGGAGAAAAAAGACAAAUACAAAAGAGAAGAGGAAAAGAUAAUAGGUUUCCAUUUUCUUGUUAAAUUGAAGUAGACUAUUGCUGAAAUAGAAUGAAUCAACUUUAUUCCUGAGA